UAUUUAGCCAAUAGAAUUGGCCCUAUGCUUGGGGAUCACUGGGAUCGAGAUCGACGGCACCGCUGGCGGCGGUACCGCACGCGCUGGCGUCUGUGGCUGCUCUCACAUCGUCGCCGCCUCCUAGUGGCAGUCUCGUGUCUUCUGAUCUUCACCGCCCUAAAACUAUGGCAGUCCUUCCUGUCCUACCGUCGCCGCCAAGCUUGGAAUGUUCCUCCACUCUCACCACACCAGAUCCAAACCUUCACCUCCAGCUUGUGGCUCGAGACGCAGCACUACGAGCCCAAUACUCGUGGAAUUGUGCUGCCGUUAUUUGACGAUAUCGCACUGCUGGGCUUCUCUCUUAUCCUGGAGCUUCGUCGUCUCCAAGUUCCUCUCCCUAUCGAGAUCCCGCACUGCGGAGACUUGAGUCUAAACCUACAGAAAAAGAUGCACAAUCAGGACUCAUCCGUGACAUUCUACGACGUUUGUGAACGCGCUGCAAACGCAGCAAUAGAGCAGCGUCAACUCUUCUGCGUGGAUCUAGAUCACUGCCACCACAAGUUCCGCAGCUUCGACAUCAAGGUACUGGCUGUGGUGUUCUCGAAAUUCCAGGAAAUAAUGCUUUUAGACGCAGACACGCUCUUCUUCCAGAAUCCCAUGACACUAUGGGACACAUCUAAGUACAAGAGCACGGGGACGCUGUUCUUCAACGACCGUAUCAGCUACGAACUCUCGUACUUGGCCAAGAGAACGACUUCAGACGAGAAUGUUGGUGCAUUGCAUCAAUUCCUCGCGAGCUUUGACGUCUCUCCAUAUAGAAAUUUCGGUAUUAUAAACACUGAACGGAGACCUGAGCCACCGAGGACACUGGGACUAGAGUUUAGCUUCCAACCGAGUGAAUUUCUGUUAAAUUCCCACGUUUGGAGACUGCGUAGUGGCCACCAAAUGGACUCGUCGCUGAUGUUGUGGAACAAGGCGCAGCAGCCUCGAGCGACGGUCAUUCUAGCGUCAUUUGUAUCGCUAAAUGGAUUGCCAAUUGUGCCGUCUUAUGGAGAUAAGGAGCUCUAUUGGCUCGCCUGCGAGUUGGCGGAGACUGCGUACGAAUUCUCAGAUUAUGCUGUGGGUACUGUAGGCUGGGAACUUCUUACGGAAGGCCGACAAAAUGAUGGAGUUUUGUGUGGAGACGCACUGCAGCAUUAUCCUGUGCAGAGGAACCCGGCCAAGGGACCAGGAGCAGACGUUGAGCCGCUGUAUAUCAACAGCGAUAACAUUUUAGAGUGGGGUCGAGACUCCCGUCGGCUGUACCGCACGGCUGCUCGGCCUGCAGAGCUUUAUCCCGGUUCUUUCACGGAACGGAAGCUGCUGCAGACUUGUCCAUUCGACGUGACGACGAUGGAGCUUGCUCCGAUGGAAGUGAUGUUACUAGCGCAGAGACAGCAACUCUACGAUGUGGUGGCAGGAUGGAUGGACGAGUCUGGCAUGUGGUGGAACCCGUUUGAUUAGAAUACGCUUGCUGUGGACCCGCAGCAAGCGGUGCGGUUUUGAAUUGGAACUGUGUUGGCAUUUUACAUGUAAAUAAGGGCGAGCUCUUUAUCGUCUACGCCUAUUGGAAAUAUCGCGAGAUUAUGACAAUGAUUCUUUACGGGCUCGAAGAUGAUGGCCAGUUAUCUUUUGGAAAAGACCAGGUUCAAGAUCUUUGGCGACAGUCCAGUUGAUCUGGGAUGCAAGCGCCCUACAACACCCCUCCAUUAUCCUGAGCUGUGUUCAUGACAAUUGCUUCUACUCUAGAGCUGUACCUGACGGAGAAAUGGACACGGAGUCUGGAGAUCCUGUUGAAGAGCUCAGCGUACAGAUCUCCAGCAUUUCUACUCUAGAAACUUACUGAGUAAGGUAUACAUAUAUCGCCGUGAUCGCGUACGCAAUGAUCCAAUGCUGCAUUCGGGAUUACAGGUGGGAAGAUUCGAUUGCCGUGUUGGAUCGAAUCAAGCGCGUACAGAAACAUCACGACCGUCAUCUUGUAGGUGAACACGCACACUGAAAAAGUGCAACAUGGCGCUGGCUCACUUGCGAAGCUCCGGCUCAGCUGCGAGAACCAAGUGAUCCGGGGCCGUACGUUUCGUUUAGAUGCCCCAAUCUGGCUGAAUGAAGCGCUUGCAGCGAUGAUGUUGAUGACGACAAGGUAAAGUGUAUCUCUACAUGGCACCUACGCUGUAGGGGUUUACACUGUAGUGGUGGUACAUGUAGUGAUAAAUUAAUGCUGUAGU